AUGCCUUCCUACGCUAUAAUCGGAGCCUCCCGGGGCAUGGGUCUCGAGUUUGUCAAGAUAUUGAGCAAAACUAACGACAACACCGUGUUCGCUGUCGUCCGCAACCCUGAUAGUGCGACCAAGCUGCAACAUUUCGCUUCGUCCCAGCCCAAUGUGCGUAUUGUCAAGGGCGAUCUUGACAGCGUAGAUUCUCUGAAGGCUGCUGCGAGCGACAUAGCAAGCGUCACAAGCGGGAAGCUCGACGUGCUGAUUUUGAACGGCGCCCUCAUGGGAUCGCAGUACUCGGGUCUCACCCUUGACAAGUUCCCCGACCCGCAGACCCUCGAGGCGGACCUGACCGCUGGGUUCCGCAGCAACGCCGUCGGCUCCGCGCACGCCAUCAACGCGUUCCUCCCCCUGCUCCGCGCGGGCGCGAAGAAGACGAUCCUCGCCAUGUCCACCGCCGCGGCCGACGUCGACUUCGUGCGCACGGUCGACUUCCCCUCGAACACCACCUACACGGUCUCCAAGGCGGCGAUGAACAUGGUCGUCACCCAGUUCGCCGUCGCGCUCAGGCCGGAGGGCUUCACGGUGCUGUCCGUCAGCCCUGGAUACGUGAACACCUUCACCGAGGACCCCAACGACUUCGCGAGCAUCCCGCAGCUCAUCCAGUCGCUGGCGGCGACGUUCAAGAAGGCUGCGCCGGACUGGGACGGAAAGCCGUUGACGCCUGCGGGUGCGGUUUCGAACGUGCUCGAGGUGCUGAGCUCGGUCGGGCCGGAGCAGAGCGGGUCAUACUUGUCCCACCACGGCAACAAGGAGUGGGUGUAG